AUGGGGACCUGCACCCGCCGAGGGCCCGCAGGCCCCCCGAGCCUUGCCCGCUGCUCCCUUCAUGAAGUGUCCGGUGCACUGGUGCCCUCCGUGACCUGUGUUCCCCCCGUGCCGUGCCCGGUGUCCCCGCUGUCCCCCGUGGCCUGUGUUCCCCCCGUGCCGUGCCCGGUGUCCUCGCUGUCCCCCGUGGCCUGUGUUCCCCCCGUGCCGUGCCCGGUGUCCCCGCUGUCCCCCGUGGCCUGUGUUUCCCCCGUGCCGUGCCCGGUGUCCCCGCUGUCCCCCGCACCUCGGCGGCUCCGCUGCGCCCGCCCCGCCGCGCCACUUCCGGCCGGCACUCCCCGACCGGCCAAUCACCGUGCGCGUCCGGCCGCAGCCCCAACGGCUCGAGCACAGAGCUUCCCGCCGCGUGCCAGGCGCAGCGAGCCGAGUGCGGCGCGAUCGCUCACGAACCCCGCCCACUCGAGACACACCCACCCACCCCACCCCCCUCCCCGUCCCCUCCCGGCCCUGUCCGGGCCCGCUCCCUGGGCUGCAGCCCGGCCCGGCGCUGACCCCAGCGCUGACCCCGUCCAGCCACCACGAGGUCUCCUGGCUUCCGGCCGUGCCCGCCUGGCCCCGCCGCUUCCCGGCAGCACCGGCCUCGCACACUGGCACAUGGCGGCCCUGCACACCUUCCUGCUGCUUGGGCUGCUCCUUACGGCGCGGGGGCAGAGGGCGGUGCAGAGACGGCGGCCGCCCCCUCCCCAGAGUGCGCUGGAGAAGGUGGCGGCUCAGGAGGGGCUCAGCCUCCACCAGCUCUCAGGGAAGUGGUUCCUGGUCGGCAUGGCCUCCCGCUGCAGCUACCUGGCAGAGCACAGCCACCAGCUGGAGGCCACGAUGGUGACAAUGACUAUCCUGGAUGGGCAGAGCCUGGCCAUCAGCACCUUCAGGAAGCUUGACAGGAUGUGCUGGGAAAUCAGGCAGCAGUACCUUCCCGCCCAGGCUCCCGGACGCUUCCUGCUGAAGGACCAUAGGAAGAGCAGCAAGGUGGAUGUGGUGGUGGGUGAGGCUGACCCCAGCAGUUUUGUCAUCCUCUACUACCAGAAGGGGCGCAACAUCUCUGUCAAGCUCUAUGGACGGAGCAGCCUGGUCAGUGACGCGGUCGUGGACAAGUUCGAGCAGCGCGUCCGGGCUGUGGGUCUGAGUGAGGAUGUGACCUACUACUUCCCCACCUACGGGUUUUGUGACUCUGCAGAUGAGUUUCAUGUCCUGGAUGAAACAAAGCUGUAGGUACAGAUGGAGUUGCCAGGAGGGAUCAGAGCUCAGCCCUCACCUCACCCAGCUGCCCAUGGCCACACAGAUCUGAGCCACACUUUUGUCAGCUCCCACUGUUGCUCCACAGCUCUGGAGCCAGCCCUCGGGCUCCUCAGCCCCUCCAGCUGUGCUGGUAGCUGCAUCUGUCCUUGUCCUGUGUCCCCCAGCUUGUGUCCCCCCUCUGCUCUGUGCCCCACUCUCCUGCAGCAACCAGCAACACCCCAAUAAACACCUCAGAGAAGA